AUGGUGGAGACGCUCAGCGAGGCUACGCGGCGCGGCGCAGCAACGUGCUUGGGAGGCGGCGACACGCUCUCGGCGUUUCACCAGGCGGGCCAUGGGGCAGCUGUCGGCUUCGCUUCCACAGGCGGCGGCGCCAGCCUUGAGCUGCUGGAGGGCCGCGCUAUGCCCGGGCUGAGGGCGCUGCUGCCGUAA